ACAAAAGUGCCGAAGCCUUGGCGUGUUUAAUUAAUUUUCAUAAAUAUUCGAAAUGAAAGUGUGAACAGCUCAAUUAUCCACUGCGGGCUUAAUGAUCACAUUGCGUGCGAGAAUUGUCAGCGGGUCAAAAGCUAAAUGCUCAAAUGCAUAGCGUGUAUGUGUGUGUGUGAAGUAGUGCAAUUGAAGUGUUUGAUCCCAUUUCGGACAAUUCUUUCAAAAUUACAAAUGUUUAAAGAUUGAUGAGCCCUUGAAAAAUGCGAGUUAGUGCUUUUGGAGUUUUUAGAGAGCAUUGUUGUGAAGUUGAAUAUAUAAAUUGAACGUAGUAAUUGAAAAAAUGGGAAAAACAAAAUGAAAUUCGUGAAACGUUAAUAAUAAUAAGUGAAAAAAAAAUGCCAAAGCUUAAACCAACCAAAGACCAAUUGAAAUAUAUUAAAAUCAUUUGUGAAUGGAAACUAAUUUCAAGCUAAUUUAAUGUUAAUAAAACCAUUUAUUAAUGCAAAGUGUUUUCUAUUCGACUAAAGGAUAAUAGUGUUAAAAUUUAUACAGUGAAAAUGCCAACCGUAGUACAAAUUGCCAAACAAAUGAUAACCUAAAUAACGGCCGAAAUGAAUUUACUAGCGCCCGCUUUCAACUUAACCACCGAACUCCCCGCCCUCCACACAAAUGCUAGCAGCUUAGCUUUCGCCAAUAAUUUAAUCGCUGAAAGCUUCAACAACAGCAAUGCGUUCCUUGAUGAACAUUACGCUAACGGUACAGACGUUGGCUUUUUCGAUGGCUUCGUGAAUAACGGCAGUGAGAGUGCUUUCAACGAGUUAAUCGCCAACAUAAGCACAAUUGCAUACGACUUUGGCAAACAAUUAGUAAGCACAGUAAUCGAUGCAAAUGCCGAUGCUACAACACCCGCCGUCAACACAACACCCAUCCCACCGUCAGCAGCGGCGUCGGCAGCCACGAUGCGGGCUAGUGCUGCCGGUGCUGCCAAUAAUAAUAGUGUGGGCUACCACAGUGUGUCAUCAUCGCUGAAUAACUGGUGGCAUAACGCCACAAAUUCAACGACACUCACCACCAUCGAUGAAGGGAUGCGGAGAGAAGGCGACGUGCUCGAUUUCGCUACAUCUACGGCUAGAGGGAAUGCGAGGAAUACGAGCACUGAUGCUGAUAGUUGGGUGACAAAUACACAGAAUAUUUACAGCAACUACGACGACGAAGAAUUAGACCCGUGCCAUCCAAACAAUUCGAAAUUCAACUGCACACAGACUGACUUUGUGAAAUUCCUGCUCGGACCGCAAACGCUGCCGCUCUAUAAAGCGUUGCUGAUUACAAUAAUUUUCGGUGGAAUAUUCAUAACCGGCAUGCUGGGCAAUAUUCUGGUGUGUGUUGUUAUUAUACGCCAUCCAACAAUGCACACGGCAACGAACUACUACUUAUUCAGCCUGGCAGUCUCGGAUUUAAUCUACCUGCUCUUUGGCUUGCCCGCGGAAAUAUUCCUCUACUGGCACCAAUAUCCCUACCUAUUUGGACUACCCUUCUGCAAGAUACGCGCGUUCAUCUCAGAAGCCUCGACGUACGUCUCCGUACUCACAAUCGUCGCCUUCUCCAUGGAGCGCUUCCUCGCCAUUUGCCACCCGCUGCAUUUGACCGCGAUGAGCGGCUUUAAGCGCGCAGUUCGCAUUAUAGCCGCGCUUUGGAUUCUCAGCUUGUUGGGCGCCAUACCAUUCGGUCUGCUCACGGACAUUCAAUACUUGAAUUAUCCCUUAACUGACACGACAAUACCGGAGUCCGCGUUCUGCAGCAUGUCGCAUUACCCUGAAGAGUUUCCACUGUUUGAGAUCUCGUUUUGCUUCUUCUUUGUCAUACCGAUGCUGCUGAUAAUCAUCUUGUAUGGCAAGAUGGGCGCACAGAUACGUUUCAGCACGACGCUGCAGUUGGGCGUUCAACAGGGCUCCAUGCACCGGGAAUCUCGACAUCAGCAGUCACGCAAAGCUGUAAUACGCAUGUUGGCCGCCGUUGUAGUGACCUUUUUCAUUUGCUGGCUGCCAUUCCACAUGCAGCGCUUAUGGUUCCUCUAUGCCAAAGAACAAAACAAUUUCCAAGAGAUAAACGAGUGGAUGUUCUCCAUCGCCGGUUUCACGUACUAUGUGUCGUGCACGAUCAACCCGAUUUUGUAUAAUGUGAUGUCGCACCGGUACCGGGUUGCCUUCAAGGAUAUACUGUGGGGCAAGCGGCGGAGCGUGUACUACAACAAUGGCUUUGCUAGAGACCAGUCCAGCUUUCGAGAGACGAUCGCUUCCAGCUUGGGUGGCAACAGCACAUACGAUCGCGUACAUUCGGUAAGAGUGCGUUCAAUGCGGCACGCCAAUAACUAUAGAGACCGCAACUCUAUCAAGACAAAAAAUGUGCUAUGGACAAAGGAUAUAGACUACACUGUGCCGCUUAAAAAGGAUACGCUGGACAGCAAGCUAAAGUAUAGCACGAACGUUGUAGUUGUUGUGGACAAUGGCGGCAUCAAUGGGCGACCCAAAGUUUUCACAGAAAACGAAGCCGAGGCAACAUUGAUGAGCAAGAAUAACGAGACAUGUAUAUAAAGAAAGCUGGUGGAUGCAACAAGGAGGCAGCUAACAUAAAAUAAGCGAUCGAGUGGUUUGAGUUGCAUGUAGAUACAUAUGUGGUAGUGUGGAGUGCGUUUGCAGGACAGCGAGUUUAAGCCAAAACCAAAUGCACACUCACAAACCAAUGCUUUGGCGCUGUGAAUGGGCAUUACAAACUAAGUCAAUAUGUGUGUGUAUGUAUGUAUAUAUAUUUUGUAUAUAUCACAUUUGUUAUUAUACUAAAAGGAAUAACAGUUGUUCCACUAUUUAUGAGUUACAAUUAGUUAGUUUAUGCAACGAGUACUGAGUGUAAACAAACACUGUGAAGAUAUUUGUCUAUAUGUAAGAAAUUUGAUAAUAGCUAGUGUCAGUGUAUAUUGGCAACGAAUUUAAGAAAUUUAUUUAUAUUCGCCUCAGCCGCAAAGCAUGCAAUUAGUUUAUUCGUUCAUAAGUUAGUAAAUAGUUGAUGCAAUUUUUGCGGUGCCAACAAACCCACACCCCGCGUGUGGAAGUCAGAGUGCGAUGUAAUUAAUAAAAGAAAAUAUAUAAAUUUGUAUUUGUAAUCAAUGUUAAAUAAUUUAUUUUUUUUUUUUUUGAGUUAUGAAAUAAUUUUCUUUGCACUCUUGUUGAGCUUUAAACACAAAUAUUUCAGCUUUCCGUCAUUAUGUGCAAUGAAAUAUUGUGCAAUAUUUAAGUGCUAAGGUUGCUACAAAAGAAUAUUCCCAAGUCAUGCGAAAGUUUAUUACGAAAUGUGUACUCUUGAUAAAGAGAAGUAAACGCGAACGUUUAUAGAUAAUUCUGAUUUGUUUACUGACACCAACUCCAACCCAAAAUCUCAUGUUUGAGAACUCACCAAGAAACUCUUAUUUUUGCUUUUACAACAGUGUUGUUUUUAUAAUACAAGUAGUAUUAAUACAUUGUAGUAUCCUAUCCCCUGAAUAGUAAUAUACGUAACUAUAAAAUUUAUCAUAACUUCAAAUUUUAUUUAAGGUAAUUUUUUGCAAAUUAUUCUGUCUAUGACUAUAUUCGUGCGUGUUUAUUCAAGCUUUAAACAUGAUGAACUUUUAAUUUCGGUUCAACCGAAGCUGUAAUACCCUUAACAGAUACGAAAAACUCCACCAGCAGCAUGGCUUCCGAAAAGUACACAGUACCACCACAACACUUAGCGUCAUAAAUGCGCUGAUAGUCCGUGGCAUUAUAUAAGUUCAAAUGUAAACGGAUAUCUCUCCGACCUUUCUCGCUUACUCUCUGCACGGAACUGAACACUCCCCCUACUAAAUCCACAGCAAUCAUAUUUACAAACUGAACAAAAGAGUACACAAAUUCGACCAUAACAUUGCAGUCGAUGACGUCAAGAUUCCGACUGUCAAUAAUUCUAAAGUUUUGGGUGUGACUUUUGACAGUCUGUGUUCCUUCACUCCCCAUACGACCGCGAUUAUCGCCAAAGUACAGAACCGCAAUAAAAUCCUCAAGUCGCUAGUGAGGCCCGUAUGCUCCCAGUUGAGGAGCAUAAUAACCUCCUCUUCAGGCUUUUGCAGAAAUCACCCUUGCAGUCACCUGCUUGGAGCAGAACCACCUCCUAAGAGCAUCAAGAGGUUUUUCCUCAACUACGUCGACGACUUCAGACAAUACGCCGUUCAAACUUCGGACGCAAGAAACUUCCGACGAGCACUGUCCGCCAUUCGCAGUGAAGCCAUCAACACCUUCACCGACUUCCUUCCAGUGAAUGGCGUACUCAGAGUCAAACCACCACUCAAUACAGACAAAAAGAAACGAGGGUGACCUUUGUGCAGCUUCGUUCUGGAUAUUCUAACAGGUUAAACUAACAUAUAUCAAGAAUAGAACCCGACAUAUCCAAUAUACGUCCUGCAUGACUUUUAUAUCUCGGAACUGGCCGCCUCAUUGCAUGCCCGACCCCCGCACUCAUCUGACACCCCUCUCCAUUUGGUCCGACCUCGCCCAAACAGCACGUUCUUGGACAUUCCGUUGGAUGACGUCGACGACAAAUUAGCUAAUCCUUACCAUCGUAACGGGGUAACAACAACAACAAAAAUCCAUAAAAGAACUCAAAAACUCAGGGUCUAGUUCGCGAAUACACUGACAGACAGACGAACAUGGUUAAAUCGGCUGAACUUGUCGGCGUAGUCAGUGAGGGUGCUCUGGAUCGAUCAAACCAAAUUGGAGUCAGAAGUUCUGGGCUAUCAGAGAAGUGAGACGCAACUUCUUAGCUGCUUUUUUCCAAACAGUUUUCAACCAAACUUAAACACGAGGUCGAGCAUUCUCACGUUGAAAAAAUAUUACCUCGAGUCUAGUCACAAAUUCCAGGUGCUUUUCGGCAACCGCUCGAUUCAAUUUGAUGAUUUGCUGUCAGUAACCUUCCUUAUUCCGCGGUAUCACCCGGUUUUAGAUGCUGAUGAGCAAAAUUGUCUUUCAAAAUUUUUGGCAUCAAUACAUACAUAUGAUACCGAUUUUCUUGCUUUUCUAUGUAUCCGGCUGCUUUUAAAGAUUUUAAAAUGGCUGCUUAAGUAACCCCAAAGAUACGGGCUUGGAGCUCGUGUUUGACAACAAUUUGCAUAGUAUGAUUAUGCUGCGUUCCUUAUCUUCAAACCUUUUUUUUGUCGUUCAGAACGAUCUUCGCCUACCAAACUAAAAACUCCUCCGAAUUUAAAUCGUGCAAACGAAUUUUAGCAGGUUCGGUCUAUUAGCGUAGAUUCACCUAGAACUUCAACCCGAAAACAAUGACUUUCGGAAAUUAUUGUUACUUAAGCUUCAAGUGACUGACAUAUUCGUAUACUAAAAAGGAGCAUUGACGGACAACAACAUUUGAUGUAGUUCACGUAGGUACCUCCUGUUGACAGCCUUACCCCACGGUGCUUAAAAGCACAACGGAUCAAAUCAAUGCGCUGAUCAGCGCCCUGAAAAUGCCCAGCAAUUUUCAGUGCCAAAUUUCCGUGUGGAAUGUGCACACUAACCACCUUGGAAGGGUUCGAGGCCAUUCUAAAACCCCUGCCGUGUUUUGGGCCCAACAUCCGGUUGCAAUGCAACUCCACAUUCAACUGACAAAGUGUCAGUUCUACCCAUAUUUGAGUUUUAAUCAAAAAAACAAUGAUACUCCUCGUGGUUCCAGUCCGCAUGAGUAGGUUGUAGCGAAUUUUGUGUUCUCCUGCUUCCCAUGGUAUCAGAAUUAAGUCUGCGGUCAGCUUUCGUAGCCGAAACUACUACCAGUUGAGUCUACAUACUGCUCUGGGCUAAUGACCAGGGAUUGGAUCCUAUACACACAUCACAUACACACACCACUCACACAAAAACUUACCUUAAUUCCCAGUUAAAAUAUUUCGCCGCCUAAACAAUUCACGCUCAUACGACCCUAACAGUUCGGCAUUCCCACUAGUGGGAAUAACACCGCUAAUAUCUAAGUGUCCGUCAGUUCAGCUGAUCCCCGUACCCCCAAGAUACCUAAUGUCUGCGUAAAUCGGGAUCUUCAGGCUGUACCCCACACAAACACCCCGAACUAUCAGGUAGGUGCCCCUGAGGCAAAAAUGCACUUAGAGGUCCUUGCACUAAAAAGACAGACUGUAACAGAAUCGUUAGGACUAUUGUCGCAUCCUGCAUAGACCAAUCGAAGCAGUGCAACAUACAGGCGAACAUGCAAGCAUGAUACAACGUUGCAUCGAGGAAGUUUUUGGCGGCCCGAGACCGUCAUCGCUGUUUUCAAUCUUAUCGCAGUUCUAUAAGUGGUAAAGCCACAUACAAGCCACAAUAUAUUGUGCGAUUAGCACAACGUCCGAGGCCUCAAUAACUCCGCAAAAUGCGUCGUACUAUACCCAUGACCGGCAGCAUGCGCUCCUUUAGUAAAAAAAUCCUUUCACACCUGACCAGCACCAGAUAUUUGACUUGCGCAACAUACCUGAUAUCGACUGCAUUCACCCGGGCAGUUGGUGGACAAACCAGGGAAGCUGAAGUCCAUGUAUGCACGAACGGUCGGUGGCUUGUCAACGCAUGUUCGGAAUAUUGAAACAAUGGUACAAUAAUCAUGUUACGCCAUCUCUUGCCAAACCGUACGAAUACGUAUAGCUAUAGAAACACAAUAAGUUGAAAUUUAUCUUAAUUGUUUCUACGAAAUCUCUACAUAUAACCCUCUUUUUACGUUCUUGCAAUUUGCACGAAUAUCUGUUGUGCCAUUAAGCCCGUUUGCCACCUUUAGUCUUAUUUUAUAAAGUUCGCACUUGGAACAUCUUGAUCAAGAUUCUUUAAGCGCUGUAAAUAAGCUUCAAAAUUGUAUGGUUAAAUAAGCUUAUUGAAUAUUAGCGCAUUUUUGGCUGACGUAUUAUUUACUGUUAUGGACUAAACGCAUAAAUAUUUGUUGCACUUUCUUCUAAAUAUAGUUAUAAAACCAUCUUUCUGUGAGCUAUAAAUGCAUAUAUGCGUGUGUAUAUGUUUAUAGUUAUAUAUUGUAUAGUCAUAUAGUUCUUGUAUUAUUAUGGAACCAUAUAAAAUAUACUCUGUAUCGUAUACUCGAGUUAAUAGCAAAAAAGGCUUGGCACCGUUUAUUUAUACUUUUACUCAAGAGCAUAUAUGUAUAAUACAUACGUAUGUAUAUACUAUGUACAUAGAUCGAUUUUUAACCAGCAGCUUUAAAUUAACUUAACCUUAAACGAAUUUACACGUCUCUGUGCGUAGUUAUAUGUAAUAUAUGUGUGUAGGUAUAAAUAAAUGCAUAUAUACACACUAAUGAGCACAAGCUAAACGCAUCGAACCGGUUUCAUUGUAAGCGUAUUUAUGUAAGGAGGAUAUUGCAAAAAUUCUCGAGAACUAUUGUCAAUAUUUUGUAUAUAAACGACAAGAAGAUAAAAUUUGCGGAAUACAGUACGCUUGCUAAUAUAUUUUAAAAAAUUUCUGAUAAAAAAAAUGUAAAUAGGAAACUUGUUGUCAACACACUUCGUGCAAAAGCGCUUGGCAAGCCUUGGCAAGGCAACUAUUUGUUAUAGUGUACUCCUACAUUUUAAGCAACAUGUAACUGUAAAUAAGUAUAUAGAAAAUUGUAGAUUUAACGUGAACGCAUGGCAAAAAUGUUAUGAGAUGAAUUUGUUAGGAUUGAAUGCGGAAUGUUGCGUAUACGCCGCGUACAAGACUCGUUUUUCUCAAAAAUUUUAAUUGGAGCAGUUGUUGAUUAGAAUAUAAAUAUUAUAAUUGUCAAUUUGAAAACUAAAAAAAUAUACACACGUGCUACUCUGAGUUUAACCAUGCGUGGCAACUGAGGUCAGCCCAGCAAUCGUGCGCAGUGAGUGCAUGUUACGUAUACGCCGUGUAAACACAAGGGUUAUUUAACAAGACUUAUUUCCAUUAUUUAUAAACAAAAUUAUUUAGAAAAAAACUUAUUUUUUUUUUUAAUUCAAGUAACUUGCAACUCCUUGUAGGCGUUGUAUUUGUUUAAUAUACAAAAUUUUGCUAUUUUUCGAAAAUAAUGUAAGCACGAUCUCUUUGAAUUAUAACAGCGAUUAAGAAAAUAGUAAUAGUGCUAAGGAUAUAUUUUAUUUAUAUUAUAUAAAACUUUGUUCUUACUACUAUUAUAUUGUAAUAUAUACGUAUAUUUGAUAUUAAUUAUAAUAAUAGUAUUAUAAAUUUUUAAUAGGUUUAAAGCAUUUUCAUAGUCUGCAUUUAUUUGUUGCAACAAACAUUUGACUACAGCUUAAGCGAACUGUAUGCUAUUGUGAUUGCAUGUGAUUAAAUAAUGUUGUUGAAUUACAUCAGCAAACUUGCAUAAGCGUUUAUUAAAUCACUAGUAGAAAUUUUGAUAACUUCAAACAGUUAUUGGCAGCAAGUUAAAUAAUAAAUAAAAUUGUGUACAUGUAUAAAUCCAUUGAAUUCAACAGCUUAAGUUGAAAACGAGAAGUAUUACUAUUUUUAAGUACUUGAAACUUUAAAUAAAAUCGAAAUAUAUAAAACAUUGAAAUUUA